AUCGCUUGCUUCUUCUCUACACCUUUUCCCUCUCGCCUUUUAUUCUUCUUCUGCUUUUUUUGCACCAACAAUUAGCAGCGACUUGUCGAUUGCGACCUUGACCCCUCGCAAACGACUUCGCAUGGAGUAAAGUUCACUCGUCCAAUCCUUCCCCCCCUCCUUCCUCCUCUCAUCCUAAAUCAUCUCCCAGGGACUUUUUCUUUUGUUUCCCCCCUGCUGCGACGACUUGUAAUUGCUUGACCUUGUAUUUUCGAGGCAAACAGUGCAACAACAGCACAAAAUGUCGCAAAAGCAGGUGACAUCGGACGACAGCUUGGCGGGCAAUGGCUUUGCUACCGGCAGCCAAGCUAGGAACGACAGCAACAAGGACCUCGCCGGCAUGCACCGGUCGCACAGCGGCAUGGACAGCAACGACUCGGCCAACCAGGUUCUCGAGUCCCUGGGCUACAAGCCGGAGCUUCAGCGAAACCGCUCGACGUGGCAGGUGGCAUUCAUGUCCUUUGUCCUCGCCUCGAUCCCCUACGGCCUGGCGACCACCAUGUUCUACCCCUUGAUCGGCGGUGGUCCCGUCAACAUCAUCUGGGGAUGGGUCCUCGUGUCGCUGAUCAUCAUCUGCGUCGCCGCGUCCCUCGGAGAAAUCACCAGCGUCUAUCCCACCGCCGGAGGCGUCUACUACCAGGCCUUUAUGCUGGCGGAUCCCAGCUGGCGCCGCGCCGCAUCGUGGAUCUGUGGCUGGCUGUACGUCGUCGGAAACAUCACCAUUACCCUGGCCGUCAACUUUGGCACCACGCUGUUCUUGGUCGCAUGCAUCAACGUUUUCAAGUACGACGUUGACGGAGUCCCUACGGGCAUCUUCGAGGGACAGCCGUACCAGGUCUUCUUGAUCUUCCUCGGUCUCACUCUGUUCUGCAACGCUGUCUCGUCUCUUGGCAACAAGUGGCUGCCAAUCCUGGAUACUGCCGCCAUUUUCUGGACCUUUGCUGGCGUCAUUGCGAUUAUGGUCACGGUCCUUGCGCUUGCCAAGGCCGGUCGCCGUGAUGCUGCGUUUGUCUUUGGUCACUUUGAGACCAACUCUGGCUGGCCCGCCGGCUGGUCUUUCUGCGUUGGUCUGUUGCACGCCGGAUAUGCGACCUCGUCGACGGGAAUGAUCAUCUCCAUGUGUGAGGAGGUUCGCAUGCCCUCGACCCAGGUCCCCAAGGCCAUGGUCGCCACCGUUGUGCUCAACACCUUUGCCGGUCUGUUGUUCAUGAUCCCCUUGGUCUUUGUCCUUCCCGACAUCCAGUACCUGAUCGGCCUCGCAUCUGGUCAACCCGUUCCCGAGAUCAUCCUCGCCGCCGUCGGCGAACCCGGUGCUGCGAUUGCGCUGCUCAUGCCCCUGCUGGUCCUGGCCAUCAUUUGCGGUAUCGGCUGCACGACCGCCGCCUCCCGCUGCACUUGGGCUUUUGCUCGCGACGGUGCUAUUCCUGGUGCACAGUGGUGGCGCGUCAUCAACGAGAAGCUCGACGUGCCCUUGAACGCCAUGAUGCUCUCAAUGGCCGUGCAGAUCAUCCUCGGCCUCAUCUACUUUGGCUCGUCGGCUGCAUUCAACGCCUUCUCCGGCGUCGGCGUCAUCUGCCUCACGGCCUCGUACGCCACCCCGAUCGCCAUCAACCUGUUCAAGGGUCGCAAGGCUACCGCCAACGCCAAGUUCCAGCUCGGUCGCAUGGGAGUCUUUUGCAACAUUGUCGCCCUCGCCUGGUCUGCGCUCGCCAUGCCGCUCUUUUGCAUGCCGAGCUACCUGCCCGUCACGCCCGAGACGGUCAACUACGCGCCCGUGGUCUUUGUCGCAGCCACCAUCGUUUCUGGUGUGUGGUACAUUGUGUGGGGCAGGGAGAACUACGCCGGCCCUCCAGUCCAGGAGGAGUACAACUAGAGCUUGUGGCGGUGUGUUUUCUGAGGGGAGGUGAUGGGUAAGUGGGGCGACAAGUAUCACGGCUUCUGGCGGAGCCGUCAGGGCCCUGCCGUUUCCUUGAUUGAUAUGCUUGGUUGUUUAUAUGCAAGCUGGCACCCCCAGAGGGUCCGAGGGAGCGAGUCGAGAUUUGGAAGUUUUGGAUACGAUAGAGGCAUUGAGAAGGAGGAGUCUAGGUGUUGGAUCGUGUCGGAGAGGCAGUACUGUCUUUUAUGUUUUGCUAAAAGGAAAUGAUACCCAGUUGUUUAGUUUUCAAUCCAACAUUUAAACUCAGAAAAAGACUGGCCCCGCUCGAGAAUCAGCAGAUGCGAUCUUCUCUGGGCUUGGCAUUCAAGUAUUGGACCUUCACCGUCUCAUGUCUGUCUUUUUGU